AUGUUUUAUAAAGUUAAAAAUUCUGAAGUUGAAGGAUAACAUCAAUUAACAGAGAUAGCUCCUAUCAUAAUAAGUAAAUUCCGAUUACUUAUAGCUGUAAUACUAGAAUAAAUAUUAGAUUUUAUUGUCCAUAAUAUCAUGUUUUGCUUUUGCUUUAAUUUUAUAAUGGAAUCAACGACUUUAUUAAUAUUUUCUAUUCAUCAAAACAACUGAACAUAAUUGUACACAUUAUCUUGUAUCAAAUUCAACCAAUGAAAAAUUUAUAUGUAAGAAAAUUCGUAUAAACAACAUUUCCUAUUUUACAUAUAGGUAAAAGUAAUUUGAUUAAAAACAGAUUUCUUAAAUAUUAAUUAAAGGACAAUUUCUUCUAACCAGUUAAUUAUGUUGAGUCAAGUGUUUAUCUAGAUUAGAAGUCAAAAAAAUUAGAUCUAUUGUUAAAUAAUCAAAUAUCUAGAGAUAUUAGAUAAAACAUUUAUGGAAAUAGUUAAUUAUAAAUUCCUAUUAAAUCAAUAUUCACUUAUUUAUUUUAAGAAUUAACAAGUCCAUUUUAUAUUUUAUAAUAUUUUUCAGUAUUAUUAUGGAUAGCAGAAGGUAUUUCCUAUUAAUCUACUUAGGUUUUAUUAUAUUUGCAAUAGUCUUACUUUCUUUUUCUUUUUUAGCUUGCAUAAUUAACUAUUAUCUUAUGAGAAGAUCAAGAAUCUAAUUAUAAUAAUUGGCAACCAUCUAAUAAUCAGUAAAAUUAAAGGAUAAUUCAAUAAUAAAUGGUAGUGAUUUAGUAGUAGGAGAUUAAUUCUAUGUUCAUGAUAAUUAAUAAUUAAAUUGUGAUUCAAUAUUAAUAUCUGGAGAUGUCAUGGUUAAUGAAGCUACUUUAACAGGUGAAUCUAUUCCUGUUCCUAAAUAAUCAAUAAAGGAAUUAACAAAUGAGAUUUCAUUAAACACUUUAUUUGAAGGUACUAAAGUUAUUUAAGUGUCUCAAUAUUAAUAGAAUAUUGCUUUGGUAAUAAGAACAGGCUAUAGUUCAGUGAGAGGAUAGUAUUUUAGAAAUGUAAUAUUUCCACCUCCACCUUCAAGAUAAUUCUACUUACAAGCUUGUAAAUUUUUAGUGAUUCUUGGUCUUUUUAUUCUAGCUAUUUUCACUUUGCUGUAUUUAACAUAAUAUCAAAAUAUGAAUUAUUCAUCUAAGUUGAUUAUAAUAAGGUAAUAAUAAUCUUUUUUAUUUAAGAUAUUUAGAUGUAAUUACUUGGAUUGUCCCACCUGCAUUGCCUAUUUUUUUCUCUUUGGCUUAAGCAAUAUCAUUAUUAAAAUUAAAAUAAGAAGAUAUUAUGGGUUCUAAUCCAAUAAAGGCUGAAGAAGCUGGUAAGAUUGAUACAAUUUGCUUUGACAAAACUGGCACUCUUUCUACUUUAGGGUUGCAAGCACAUGAUUAUUAUCCACAUAGUGAUGAAAUAUUAGAUAUUAUGGCUUGUUGUCAUCAUUUAGUAAUUUUAAAGGAUGAAUUAAUAGGAGAUCCAUUAGAAUUAGAAAUGUUUAAGAAAACAAAUUGGAUAAUAAAUUUUGAUGAUGAAAAAUAUUUUAAAGUUUCAAAUAACUAAAAAACAUUUAAAAUAAUUCGUAUUUUUGAAUUUAGUUCUCAUCUUUAAAUGAUGAGCGUUGUGGCUCAUAAUUAAAAUGAAGAUACAUAUACAUUAUUUAUAAAAGGAUCACCAGAAAAAUUGAUUUAAAUGUCAAUUAAUGAAAUUAAUAAUUCUAUUCAUGAAUAAUUAUAAAUAAAAACAUUUAAUGGACUUAGAGUAAUAGGAUUAGGUUAUAAAACAUUACUUCCUAAUUAAAUUAAUUUAGAUAGAAAUCUUUUAGAAUAUUAAAUAAAUUUUUCUGGUAUUUUUACUUUAGAGAAUAGUUUAAAGAAAGAUACAAGUCAUGUUAUAUAAUAAUUAUUGGAUUCUAAUUUAGAUAUAAGAGUUAUAUCUGGAGAUAAUGCUUUAACUACAACUCAUUGUGCAUUUGAAUCUAAAAUAAUUGAAAAUAAAUCAAAUACUCUUAUUAUAGAUUAUGAUUAAUCAAGUGAUUCUUUAUUAAUUUAAGAUUUAAGAUAAUAAAUCCCAUCAUCUAGUCGAUCUUCAUGUGAUGGUAAACCAGGAUCUUAAUAUAAUUUUAUUUUGACAUAAUUAGAUACAAUUUAUAAUAAUGAUGAUUGUAAUUAUGCUAUUACAGGUAAUUUAUGGAGUAUUUUAAUGUAAAAUAAAAUUAAUGAAGUUUCUAUGAAUUAAUCAAAUGAUUUAUAAUAAUAUAAUCAAUUAAAAUAAAUUGAUGAAAUUGAUUAAAGAUUUAUUGAAUGUUUAAAUAAAGUGAUAAAGAAAACUAAAAUAUUUUCUAGAAUGAAACCAUAUUAAAAAAAAGAGAUUGUUUAAUAUUUAUAAACUUAAUUAAAUAAAUAUGUUAUGAUGGUAGGAGAUGGAGCUAAUGAUUGUGUAAAUAUAAAUUAUUUAUUAUUUAUUAGUCUGCUAUAGCUGAAUCACUUGUUGGUGUAUCUUUUAGUUCUUCAGAUGCUUCAUAUACAUCUCCAUUUAGUAAUAGAUCUGACUCUAUUAAGUGUGUCAUUUCUAUUCUACUUUAAGGUAGAGCAACUAAAAGAAUCAUAAUAGAAUUAUUUUAAUAUUUAGUACUUAUUAGUGUAUUAAAAUUUACUGGAACUGCUCUAUUAUAAUUUCAAGGUAUGAAUUUUGGUGAUUUCUAAUAUAUAUUCAUGAAUUACAUGUCUAGUGUUCCAGUAUUAAUUUUAAUGACCUUAUCUUCUAAAUCUAAUACAUUAACUACAUCAAAACCAAAUGAUGAUGUAUUUGCUAUUCCAAAUCAGUUACAAUUUUACAAUAUAUUCAUAUUCACAUCUUUAGGAUGUAUCAUUUUAUCAACUAUUGUGAUAUAAUACUCUGAAUAACCUAAAAUACCUUCUCCUAUUGAAAUUUACAUUAGAGAAGGUCCAUUAAAUUCAGUAAUGAUGUUGGCCAAUCAAUAUUACAAUAUGCUUAUAUGCAUUAUUUUAUAUCAAUCUCAUCCUUUUAAAAGUAAUAUAUAUAUAAUCUAUAUAAGAUAAAUUUUAUUAAAAUUAUCCAUUGACUCUAUGGAUAUUUGGAUGUUUAAUAAUAGCUAUCAUUACUACAUUUAGUAAUUCCUCUAGAGGAUGGCUUUCUAUUGUUAAUAUUAAUGAUGAAAUGUAAUAUAUUUAUUAUUAUUAUUUAAGUACUGAUCACAGUGAUCUUAUUGUAUUUUCUGUCAUUUUUUGUACAAGCUUAUUAUGUUAAAUUUGUUAAAUCACAAUAUAAAAAUUAUUUCCAACUAUUAAACCUAUUCAAAAAUGA